GCAGAGGUCCUGUGUCUGUUGGAUCAGCGUGUGUCCCCUACACAUCCAAUCGACCUCCUUUGCAUUGCUCUCUGUUUUUUAAACAUGUCCCGCUAUCUGUCGCUGGCCCGGGUCACACUCGGACUCUCCAGGACCAAAUCUGUGAGUGUGCCGUGUAUGGCACGAGGGCUCAGCACGCGCGCCAUCCAGCAGCAGCUCUCGUGCUGUGGAGGUUAUAAUCGGACUCAACUGCAGAAAUGGAGCAGUCGGCCCAGAGUGUGGGGCGCAAGCCUCUCAAUCAACCCACAUUUUUAUUACAGCACCCAGCAAGCAGAGCAAGAGCCCGAGGAAGAGCCCCUACACACCAUCAUCAGUGAUACAGAAGCCGUCCAAGGUUCCUCUUCAAAACAUGAAUUUCAGGCAGAGACCAAGAAGCUGCUGGACAUUGUUGCCAGAUCUCUGUACUCAGAAAAAGAAGUUUUCAUUAGGGAGUUGAUCUCUAAUGGAAGUGAUGCUCUGGAAAAACUACGGCACAAGCUUAUGACAGCAGGUGGAGAGACUGCCCCAAUGGAGAUCCAUCUGAAGACUGACGCCAACCAAGGCACAUUCACCAUCCAGGAUACAGGGGUUGGAAUGAACCAAACAGAGCUGGUAGAGAACUUGGGAACUAUUGCUCGUUCUGGCUCAAAGGCUUUCUUAGAUGCCCUUCAGAACCAGGCAGAGGCCAGCAGCACCAUUAUUGGUCAGUUUGGAGUGGGCUUUUACUCUGCCUUUAUGGUAGCGGAUCGCGUGGAUGUGUAUUCACACACUGCAGACCCGGACUCACCAGGAUACAAGUGGUCCUCCGAUGGCUCAGGUGUUUUUGAGAUUGCUGAAGCCAGUGGGGUUCAACAAGGCACCAAAAUUGUGCUUCACCUUAAAGACGACUGCAAAGAGUUUUCUCAUGAGGAUAGAGUUAAAGAGGUUGUGACAAAGUACAGUAACUUUGUGAGUUUCCCAAUUUUCCUGAAUGGACGAAGGCUGAAUACGCUACAGGCACUGUGGAUGAUGGAACCAAAGGAAAUCAGUGAGUGGCAGCAUGAGGAGUUUUACCGCUAUGUAGCCCAAGCUUAUGAUAAACCACGCUACACCCUGCACUACCGCGCUGAUGCCCCGCUCAACAUCAGAAGCAUCUUUUAUGUCCCAGAGGCGAAACCCAGCAUGUUUGAUGUGAGCAGGGAAAUGGGCUCUAGUGUGGCCCUAUACAGCAGAAAGGUCUUGAUCCAGACGAAAGCCACAGACAUCUUACCAAAGUGGCUGCGCUUCCUGAGAGGUGUGGUGGACAGUGAGGACAUCCCUCUGAAUUUGAGCAGAGAGCUUCUUCAGGAGAGUGCACUCAUCAGAAAACUGCGCGACGUGCUCCAGCAAAGAGUCAUUCGUUUCCUCCUGGAUCAGAGCAAGAAGGAGCCAGAGAAGUACAGCAAGUUUUUUGAGGAUUAUGGCCUUUUCAUGAGAGAGGGCAUCGUCACCACACAGGAACAAGAUGUCAAGGAGGACAUUGCAAAGCUCUUGAGAUUUGAGUCGUCUGCUCUGCCAGCGGGUCAGCAGACCAACCUCACGGAGUACGCCUCCCGCAUGAAGGCUGGCACACGCAACAUCUACUACCUGUGCGCCCCCAACCGCCACCUGGCAGAACACUCGCCCUACUACGAGGCCAUGAAGCAAAAGGACAUGGAGGUGCUGUUUUGCUACGAGCAGUUUGAUGAGCUGACACUGCUCCAUCUUAGAGAAUUUGAUAAGAAGAAGUUGAUCUCGGUAGAGACGGACAUAGUUGUGGAUCAUUACAAAGAGGAGAAGUUCCAGGACACGAAACCUGAAUCCGAGCGCCUCACACAGGAGCAGGCCGAUGACCUCAUGGCUUGGAUGAGGAACGUUCUUGGUCCUCGAGUCACCAACAUUAAAGUCACUCCACGCCUGGACACACAUCCAGCCAUGAUCACAGUGUUGGAAAUGGGAGCAGCCCGACACUUCUUGCGAACACAACAGUUGGCUCGCAGUGCAGAGGAGAGGGCCCAGAUACUGCAGCCCACCUUAGAAAUUAAUGCAGGACAUGACCUCAUAAAGAAGUUACAUGAACUGAAGGAUUCAAACUCUGAUCUGGCUGGACUGUUACUAGAACAGAUUUAUGACAAUGCGAUGAUUGCAGCAGGCCUGAACGAUGAUCCCAGGCCGAUGAUUUCUCGCCUCAAUGAGCUGCUAACCAAAGCUCUGGAGAAGCAUUGAGACACUGUACAUACAGACUCUACUUAGGUUUAUUAUUAUUAGUCACUUUGAGGAGGACAGUGGCACAUGGACUGAGAACGCACAGCUGAAGAGGUGACCUGUCUCUCAAAGGCCAAAGAUAUUCUUUGGUAUUUAUCUGAAAUGAAAGCUGUCUUACUUCUAUUGGAUGUAUUCAUUGUGGUCAUAAGGAAGCAAUACUGAAGUAAAAAGUCUGUUAAUGUAAAAUGGAGGCAGCAGUACUGCAACUCAAUUAUGAUAUGUCCUUUUCUAAUUGUAUUUUUUCCUAUUGUAAGAUCAUCUUGAGUAAAGAAGCAUCUUUGCUCCUUGAAACUUGCCCCUGCUUAAAAUGAGACGGUAAAGUCAAUUUAUGAAAUGCUAAGGAGAAGACUUGAGAUUAUGCUUGCUCCUUCUUUUGUUAAUGCCAUUAAAUUGACGUACUUGCUUACAUUAAUAUAAUGUAACUGAAAUACUUUUGGUACAACUAGAUAAAACGUAGGGUUAGUGAAUAUAACUUUAUGCAUUCUGGUUAGCAGCCAAUGUGCCUAUGUUUUCUUGGAUCUUUUCCAGUUGUGAGGUCACCACAGCAAACAUUAGCAUCCUAACAAACUGUUUGCCUAAUUUGAAAUUUAUUUUACCAACUUCAACCCUUCACCAUUAUGGCAUAAACACUAUAGACCUGAUGACUAAACUUAGAAAUAACUGUCAUAGCACAAAACAAACUGUAAAAAUUAUAAUAUGGUUAAACAUGAAUAACAAAGCUU